ACCCAGUCCACUUAUCCCGCUAUUUGAUCGCUGGGUAGUCGAUGUUCCGUUCGCCGUACCAGUCUUAGUGCCUGCGGCAGAACUUCAAACAUUUUAUAUGCCUCACCGCCCGCCCGAUGUGACAUUUUCGAAGGCAUUUUGUCCAAUAACGCUAAAGUUUAGUUGACUGCUGGAUAAGAUACUGCUACACUCUCUGGACAGUUGUCACAGGAGAGCCAACUCAACAACCAACCCCUCAAGACCACCGCUUCCUCACGUUCGACAAUGGCGGGCGCAAGUGAUAAGGUGCGCUUCUACAUGGAACAGGCGGUUCCGCAGCUGCGCGAAUUCGAAGAGAAGAAGAUCUUCACCAAGGACGAAAUCCGCUCCCUCGUCAAAAAACGCUCCGACUUCGAACACCUCCUCCUCGCCCGCGGCUGCCCCCCCCCCACCUUCGCCCGCUACGCCGCCUGGGAAGCCAACCUCGAGCGCCUCCGCGCCUCUCGCUGCCAACGGCUGCGCAUCAAGUCAUCCUCCUCGCAUACCGGGCAAGCGCGCGUCCUCGCCAUCUUCGGGCGCGGCACGCGCAAGCACCCCGGCGACCUGGGGCUAUGGAUGACAUACCUCGAGUACGCGCGGACCGCUGGUGCGACGAGCAAAUUCAAGGUUAUUCUGACGGCGGCGCUGAGGUUGCAUUGUACGGUGCCCGGGCUGUGGGUGUAUGCGGCGCGAUGUGCGUUGGAGGAGAGUGAUAUGGGGGAGGCGAGGAGCUUUUUACAAAGGGGUGCGAGGUUUUGUAAUCAGGGGCCAGAGAUGUGGGUUCAGUACGCGAAGUUGGAGAUGAUUUUCCUCGCUAAGAUCGCGGCGAGGAGGAGGGUGUUGGGGCUUGAUGCACCGGCGGUGAAGGCCGUGGAGGCUGCGCCGGAGGAGGAGGCGCAGGGGUUAGAGGGGGAUGAGAUUAAAUUCCCCGAAUUCAAGGCGCAGAGUCUGGGGCAGAGCGCUAUGGAGGGCGUCAAGGUAGACGGCGAGGCAAAACAGGACCCGAUGAAUACCCCCGCCCUGCAGGGCGCGAUUCCCCUCGCCAUCUUCGACGACGCAGCGAAGCAGGCUUUCUUCAGCGCGGAAGCGGCGCAGCAUUUCUUCGACGUGUUCACCGUCUUCACGCAAGUGUCGUGCCUGCCGAAGGUUCUGCAGCAUGUGCUCGACGUGAUGAUGGAGCGCUUCCCCACCGAGGCCGCGACGUGGGAUUGCUAUGUCCGUAUGCCGCUUGUGGGUGUGAGUCCGUUGACGCCGGAGUUUCCGGGCGCACUUGGGGUGGCGCUGGGGAGGUUGGGGGAGGGGAAGGAGAAGGUUAGGGUUAAGGGGGCGAUGGCGAAGAAGACGGCGGCGUGGGUGGAGAAGGUGUUGGCGGUGGAGGGGUUGGAUGAGGGGAUUAAGACGGUGUUGGAGGUUACGUUGAGGAAGCUGGAGUAGAGUGGUCUUUGAGGGGGGUGGCGAUGAUGUAUAUGCUGUAUAUUCCUAGCAUGUGGUGUUUUGGCGUUCAGGGGGCGAUAUGGGAGGGUUUAGAUCUUGGGGUGGAUUAUAACGAUUAGGAAUUUAUAUAUGGGAUCUGUAUUUGCUAGAGACUAAGUUUCACUGUAAACCUACUACUAUGGGCAUAUGUGAUAAGGGAC